GUGCGAAUAGAAUUGUUUGUGGUUUGUGGUUACCGCAUUGAUUUAACGGACUAUGUUAAAGAACAUUGCAAAGCUAUCGACCUUAAAGAUCAAAUGCGAUCUGCGGGCCCUCUCCUCACUCACACAACCCACGCAUCAAAGCAUAUUUGACCGCAACGCCAAGCGGCUGCAAAAGGAACGCGCCGCAUUGAGUGAGGAUGUAGGAUUAUAUGACUAUCUGAAGGAGGAGGUGGGAUUCCGACUAGCGGAUCGAGUGUUUGACAUUAAGCGCGAGUUCAAGGCGGCCGCUGACAUCGGGUGCAGUCGAGGCUACCUCUCCAAGCACAUUCUGGCCGAGAGUGUGCAGCAUCUGACGCUUACAGACAUAAGUGCCACAAUGCUUGAGCAGGCGCAGGGCACACCAGGCCUCAAAAUGCACAAAAUAGUCAUAGACGAGGAGGACUUGAAUUUUGAGGAAAACUCCCUGGAUCUGGUCAUCUCCAGCCUGAGUCUACAUUGGGUAAAUGACCUGCCGGGCUGCUUUGCCAAGAUAAAGCGCAGCUUGAAACCAGACGGCGUCUUCAUAGCCUCCAUGUUUGGCGGGGAUACGUUGUACGAGCUGCGCUCCUCGCUGCAGUUAGCCGAGCUGGAGCGCAAGGGUGGCAUCUCACCUCACAUUUCGCCAUUUACACAGAUUCGCGACAUCGGAUCUCUCCUGAAUCGCGCCGGCUUCACUAUGCUGACCAUAGACACCGACGAACUAGUUAUUGGUUAUCCCAGCAUGUUUGAGCUGAUGUGGGAUCUCAAGGGAAUGGCGGAGAACAACGCAGCCUUCAACAGGCCCGCACACCUUAGCCGCGAGACAAUGAUGGCCGCCAGUGCCAUCUACCAAGAGCUCUACGCCAAACCAAAUGAAAGCGGUGUGCCGGCCACCUUCCAAAUUAUUUACUUUGUCGGCUGGAAGCCGGGGCCCAACCAGCCUCAGCCAUUGCCACGCGGCACAGGAGAGGUGUCGCUCAAGGAUCUGGGCAAGAUUAUCGAGAAGGGCGGCAAGGUGGACUCACAGACGUAAGAAUGGGAAAACGUUGCAAAUUCAAUUUAGUUUUAUUUAUAAAACGCUCUUGAACAUUAUCCAUUACUUAAAUAAAAAGGGUUCCCUAUUUGGGAAACUUAA